AUGAAAAAUCAAAAUGAGACUCACUUUAGAGAUAAGAAAAAGAAACACUACCUAGACAACGUCGACAAGACAUUAGAGAAGAACAACAUCGACUGCGUAAGUUACGUGUACAAAAAUAUGAACGAUCAGACGACGUGCUCAAAAAGUGCAGCCAAUAGUCUCAAGUUCGGUGGAGGAGAAGGUCGAGUUGAUGCCGUUCGCCAAAUGUUGCUCUUCGAAAAAAGGCCAAAAAAAAAUGUAACAAUUGGAGCAAGUCGCAGCAGAGCAUCCACUGGGGGCGAUGGUCCUUGUGCGAAGGACGACGAGACAGUCCAAUCAAUUAUCUACUCCACCUUCAUCAACACAAAGUUGAGACAAACUCACAAGCACGCUACAGAAACGGUGAGUAAGCAUCCCCAAAAGGGGAGACUAGCCAAAGAAAUACCAAGCGGGAAGAACAAAAAGGGCAAUUAUGCAAAUAGGGGACAAAGAUUCCAUGCCAAACGAAGCGAAGUGAAUCUCGAUGGAACAAACCAGACAGUAGAUGCGUACAAGCUGAACCUAACCUCAGGAGUGACGAAAAGUGUGUGCACCGAUAAGUGCGUACAAAUAACAGAAUCAAAUGUAGAACUAAAAAAUCUCACAAAUGAUGGCACCUUUUUAUAUGAACAAAUCAUAUCAGAAAGGGAGAGAAAAAAAAAAGAGAGUUACACUCAAACGAGUACCCUCUACCAGCAGGAAGAAAUAAAAAGCUUUGCAAAAUAUAUGACUAAACAAAUUCUGAACGAAGCUACCAUUCAGCUUACCUAUGAGGAAAACGUCAAAGCGAUGGAACACAAGAAAAAAGCUGUCCAAUUAAACCACCAGCAGAAUGAACAGAUGUACUCGCACCUCACUGAUUUUCAGCGUGACAACUUGGGGGUCAUGGCUGAUGGGGCCGAGCUCUCCAGAUGCCUCCACAUCUUCAGCAAAAUAAACACCUUCGGGUUAUCCGGGAGUCUUAUCAACUCCAUUUUGAAGAAAAAUGUCGAAGCGGCGAAGGAGCAGAACCAAGGACAGAACAGUCGAGGCCAAAUCGAAUGGCAUAACCAAGUCACAAAACAUCUGCUAAAAAACACCAUCGCCUUUGUAGCCACGGAAAAGAUCGUGUCCUAUAUCGCGGAAGAACUCAUCGAGGACUGCAUCUUGAAUUUCUUCCGUAUGGAUAAAAGGGACGUAGACAUACUCACUGCCAACUUGGAGGAUCACAACAUUUGUCUCUACGAACGGAGGCGAAUGGAGGGGGGCCACUUCAAUUUCGUCCUUUCGAAUGGCAACCUAAACGUUAACAUCCCCGUGCGCGUGAAGAAGCACAUGAGCCUGGAGGACCUCCUACAGAUGAUAAAAAACCACAUCAAAAAAAAGCUAAAAUUUUUGCGCAAAGAAUACAAGCUGGACUGCCUGUGCAUACGGGACGGCACCCGCAACAUCGCGAGCAUCCACGAGCUGUUGUCCUCCGAGUCCAACCACUUCACCAUCUGCUUAAACAAAAAGGAAGGAGAGGUCAUACCAACUCGCUAG